AUGGCAUCUGUGGUGAAUCUGCAUUGCAAACCAGACGUUGCCGUCGCAGAAGYAAAACAACAGCCAAAAAACAUGGAUGCUAUCACGACUCAGGACCGUUCUCCUUYCGAGAAACUUAACAGUCGUAAAAUCUCAGAAGAUGAUGCGGUUAGCCGUAAAAAAGUUAAGAAAGAAACCAAGCGGGACAAUACCUCAAGACCAAGAUCUCGUUCASCAUCACGAUCCCGCGAUUCAUCGUCAAGAUCCCUUUCAAGAUCCCGUACAAAAUCCCGUUCAAACCAUCACUCAGGUUCAAGAUCAAGAGCACCUUCGCGUUCAGCAUCAAAAUCCCGUUCAAGAUCACCUUCACCUUCAAAAUCAAAAUSCCGUCCAAGUAUGCUUUCGCAAUCUUCGCGAAGUAGCCAUUCACGGUCGCACAGCAAUUCUUCGUCCUCGCGUUCAAGAUCUUGUUCCCGUUCAAGAUCCUGUUCCCGUUCAAGAUCAAGCAGUCCAGGCAAAGAUGCUGACCGUGGUAAAACACCUUAUGAUUAUUCAUCGAGCUUUUGUUCAUCAAGUGAUGACUCUGAUAGCCAGUCAUCGUGGACGCAUGAGGAUACUCCGAAAAAGAAACCAAAAGRAAAAGYAGAAAUAAAAGGYAUCGUAAAGGCCUCUAAUGAAACUGGAAAACAAAAUCAAUCGACCGAAUCUAAAGAAAAAUCACGUGACAAAUCCAGUAAAUCGACUGCUACCGGACGCGGGAAUGUGUCGUCUAAUGCGAAUGGAAAGAACAAAGGAAAUGGGGGGUCGGGUGAGGACCCAAAUGACAAYAAAAAGCCAUCACAAAGAAAGAAUCCMGAUGAUAAAAUGGAUGAAGAUAAAGAACAAUGCAGAUGCUAUGAGAACAGYCUUGUGUUCUCGGAGAUUAGCAGAGACCUCCGCAAAUUCAAUGAGCAAAUUCUGGACGCAAAGAAGAUGCUAGCUGACAAUUUUGAUGCUAAGCUAAACAGUCCCUCUUCAGGCUCUCUCUCGGAUGAAUUAGGARAUGCUUGUGAUGUUGACUUCAUUCCUGAUAUCAAAAUAAAAUCUGGACAAGACACUGAAGUUAAGUCCCUCAUUAGCUCACUGAAUGGUUUAAUGGAAGACCUUUUUGAGGAGAUUCGCAGAAAYAAAGCUAGAAUCGAGAUGACUUCAUYAGAAGCAAUGCCURCCAACAAUAUCGAAAAUAUCAAUGAGUUAACCAGCCAAAUGUCUGAGCUACAGCUUGAUUUGGACGACGAAAAARCAAAAGUCCAAACUUUGGAAUGUUUUCUGAAUGGUCAAUAUUCUCAKAACGAAAAGCUUGAAGCUGAAAUUGAAGAGCUGGAGAAAGAACUUGCUGAGAAAAAACGCGAAAUUGAUAGAAUAACUGGAUACAAAGAUCGAGAAUUGACCAAACUCAAACGUACGAUGGAUGAAAAAGUGGCAAAGAUAAACGCUCUGAACAAAGAAAUCGAAGAAGAGAACGUAUCUCUUAAACGCGAACUUGAAUCCUUGCGUCAAAAACCCGAGAAGAAAGUGMAAAAAGACACUCAACUAGAUGACCUUAAAGAAUACGUUGCACUUUUAGAGAACGAGAAUAAAAGCAUAUGCGAUGAGCUUGCUGAACAGAGGAAGAAAAUGAAAGAACUCAAGAGACAACACGAUCAGGAAAUUCGUUCAGGAUGCGACAGCAAGUAUCUMGAGCAAAUUGCUGACUUACAAGAACAAAUCAAAAGUAUUAUGAGCAGUUAUAAAGAGCUUGAGAACGCGUUGGCGAAGGCAAAUGAYGARCUACGAAAKAGAGAAUUUCAUUUCAAUGARAGUAAACUGACASAGCKUCAAAGUGAAAAGUCAGAUAGUGCAAGUAAAGAAAUGAGCUAUAAAGAGCUGAARAACACAUUGGAUAAAGCUAAAGAAGACCUUCUCAAAAGAGAAUCAGAAAUGAAGAUCAUGGAAGACAGACUGAAUGUUCAUCAAAUAGAAAGAGACAAUCUUAUUACCAAGAAGGACCAAAGWAUUGAGCGACUGCAGUGCGAAAUCAAAAGAUUAGAGGAUUUUUCAAAAGAUAUGAAAAUGAAUAUAAGAGAGUUAAAAGCUAAAGACAAAAUCGCCCAGGAAAACUACACAGUCUUARCUCAAAAUCUCAAGGCAUGCAAAAACGAUUUAAAACAAGCAAACGAGAAUAUGAAGCAACGUGAUAUCGAUAUUGCGUCAUGUUUAGCAGAGCGUUCUGCUUUUGAGAAAGAGUCAAAAGAACUCAAAGUGAAGGUUACUGCCUACGAGAAAGAGUCAAAGGACAAAGAGAACGAAAUURUGCGCAUGAAGACAGCGAUGGAGCGAGCCAAUGACCAGAUUGAAAUGAAAAAUGCAAAAAUAAACACUUUGAAAGACACUAUGACCGAGCUUGACAAGUAUAAGAARAUACACCAGGAAGACAAAGAAARCUUGAUCCAGCAACUGGAAUUUGAUAARGAAUUGGAAAUCAACGAGUUAAAAAAAGAWUACAAUGCUCAACUAUUUGUUYUGGGAAAUUCUUUAACCGAUYUUGAAAAACAAAACGUAUUACUAAACGAAGAAAAGCAGAAAUUGGAAAARAAAUUGCAAUUGGAUAUACCGUCCCAAAUCAAUGAAGCCAAAAKRCAKUACAAUGCCGAUAUAAAAUCUUUGGAAAGCAAGGUAAUGGAGCUGAACAAACUCAACGUUGUUAUUGAGAAUGAAAAACAAAAAUUGGUAAAGACAUUGGAACACGGGGAAAUGCAACUUAAUGACGUGAGGAAAACUUUCAGCGCCCAACUUAUCAAUAUGGAAAAGGCAAAAGAUAAUCUUGAACAACACAACAAGCUUCUUGAAGACGAAAAUGAAAAGUUGAAAAWGAAAUCUGAAGAUGAUCAAAUGGUAUUCAAUGAAGUAAAGAAACAUCUCAAUGACAAACUUAUCCUUUUUGAAAAGAAUAUCAACGAGCUUGAACAACACAACAAGCUACUUCAUGAAGAGAAGGAAAAGAUGAAAAAGAAAAUGGCAGAUGAGRAGCAGUUGGAAAUAAAUGUCGUGAAAAAAGAAUGCAGUGCCAAAAUAAACACUAUGGAAAACAAUGCGAAAGAGCUUGACAAAMGUAGCAUGCAACUUAUUAAAGAAAAGAAAAAGCUAGAAAAGGAACUAAAAAAUCAUCAGGUGCAAUUCAGUGAUACCAACAAUGAUUUUAAUGUUAAAGUAAUGGACUUGGAAAACACUGUGACUGAGCUUAACAAACGCAUYGAGCAGSUUCAGGAAGAAAAGGAAAAGCUGGAAAAGGCACUGAAAKAUUAUCAGAUGCAAGUCAGUGAUAUCAACAAUGAUUUCAAUGUCAAAGUAAUGGUUUUGGAAAACACUGUAGCCAAGCUCAACAAACGCAUCGAACAGCUUCUGGAAGGAAAAGAAAAGUUGGAAAAGGAACUGAAGGAUCAACAGAUAAAGGUCAGUGAUACCAACAAUGAUUUCAAUGUCAAAGUAAUGAUUUUGGAAAACACUGUGACGAAGCUUAACAAACGCAUCGAGCAGCUUCUGGAAGAAAAAGAAAAGUUGGAAAAAAAUUUGGAAGAUCAAGUUAAUGACAAAAAAGAUAGUUUCGAUGCCAAAGUAAAGGAUUUGGAGCACACUGUGACCAGUCUAAACAAACGCAUCAAUCAUCUUCUUGAAGAAAAAGGAAUAUUGGAAAAUCAGUUGGAAUUUGAUACAAAGUCCAAAGAUAAUGGUUCCAAGAAUGUCCUUACUGAUAAAUUAAUCGAUUUGGAGAGCAAUGUGAUCAAACUUAAAGAACAAAACAAGCAGCUUCUGGAAGAAAAAGACAAACUGUUAAAGAAAUUUGAAAAUGAGAAGGAUUUGCAAAUCAAAGACGUAAAGAAGGAYUACAAUGCAAAAAUAAAUACUUUGGAAMAUWUUGUGACCGAGCUUAACAAACAAAUCAAGAUACUUGAAUUAGAAAAGGAUCAACUCAAAAAGAAAUAUGARGAUGAUAUCCAUUUGAAGAUCAAUGACGCCCAGRAAGAAGAYCAAACAAAACUAGCCACUUUGGGAAACAUUGUGAGUGCACUUGAAAAACGCAASAAGCUUCUUCAAGAAGAGAAAGAAAAGUUGGAAAAGGAAAUGGAAGUUGAUGAUAUGGAAGUCAAUAGCGCUAGRUGCGAUCUAAAUGCAAAGCUGAUUGAAUUGGAGAGAACUGUGUCCGAGCUUGAGAAACAAAAGAAAGAUAUUCUGGAAGAAAAAGAAAUGAUGAAUAAGAAAUUGGAGGAUGGUCAAAUUAAAUUUAAUGAUGUAAAGAAACAUCUUAACGCUGAACUGAUGGGCUUGAAAAAGAGUCUAACCGACCUUGAGAAUCAGAACAUGCAGCUAACGGAGGGAAAAGAAAAGAUGCAAAAACAAAACAAUGAUGUAACGAAAGAAUACAUUGACAAACUAGCGAUAUUAGAAAGCACUUUGGCAGAGCUUGAAAAACAAAACAAGCUACUCCAAGAAGAAAACGAAGAGUUGGCCAAGAAAUUGGAAUGCUUAAAUCAAUUGAAAAUCAGCAAUGAUGAAAAGAAAGGUUACGAUGACAAACUGAACAUAUUGGAAAACACAGUGAAAGAGCUUGAAAAUUGCAACAGGAUACUUCAAGAAGAAAAAAUUGAUUUGGAAAAGAAAUUGGAUGCCGCGAGUAAAUUGCAAGUCAACGACGACGUAAAGGAAGUGUACAAUAACAAGCUACAUAUAUUGGAAAAUACUGUGACCGAGCUUGAAAAUUGCAAUAAGAUUCUCCAAGAAGAAAAAGAACAGUUGGAAAAGAAAUUGGAUKCCGCAAAUGAACUUAAAAUCAACGAUGAUGURAAGGAGGAAUAUAUUGCUAAAAUAGCCACUUUGGAAAAUGCAUUGUCCAASUUCGGUAAAGACAGCAAGUUGCGUAAAGAAGAGAGCGAAAAAUUGGAAAAGACAUUGAAAGACGAGAGUCAAUCAAAAAUCWAUGAUUUAAAACAAAUAUACAAUGCUAAACUACUUGCUUUGGAAAACAAGGUAAACGAGCUUGACAAACACAACAAGAUUCUCAUGGAAGAAAAAGAAAAAUUGGUAAAGUUGAUGAAAGAUAAAAACCAAUCGAACAUUAAUGACGCGAAGACAGAAUUAGAAGCGAAGGCAAUUAUCUUGGAAAUUAAUAAGGUAACCGAACUUGAUAGUUGCAAUAAGAUUCUCSAAGAAGAAAAAGAAAACUUGGAARAGAAAYUGAGAGACGUCGAGUUGAAACAGAAAUGCGCAGAGAAUCACGAUAAAAAGGAACUAGAUUUGGAAAAGACUCUCAAGUUGCAGGUUUCUAAGAAUCAAGAAUUACUAGACUAUGUUUCUGAAUUGGAACAGCAAUUGUCUUUGGUACAGAAGAGAAUAGACGGACUUCACGAGGAUAAACGUGAAAUAGAAGAUGACAUAGUAACUAAAGAUUUAGAACUAUCGGUACUUAGAAAGUCAAACAACUCGCUCAAGGAGAAGCAAGUUAUUYUGAAAUCACAAUUGAUGGAGGUUAAGGAAGAGCUUAAAAKGAAGACACUUCAUUAUGAAAAAAUAAAUGGUGACAACAAAAUYAUAAUGGAAAUGGGCGCAGYAGGAUCUGAAUAUGAGGAAAAAAUGAAUAGGUUUAAAGAUGAUGAGGACAAAGAUAGUCAGCACAAACCAUGCAAACAAUGCAUUUUUCAUAAGAAACAAAUCUCAGAAAUGAACUCCGAGAGAAAUCGCUACAAUGCCAAAGUUGAUUGGUUAAUCRGAAGUCUUAAAUCAAAUGAGGACUUCAUUGCAGCCAAUAGGAAACGAGAUGAAUUGGAAGCAAUUCUAGAUGAAGAAAUCAAGAAAACAGAGGAAAUAGUCAAGCAGCACAGAGAAGAAAAACACAAAAUUGAUUAUAACCCUGAACUGAAGGCCAAAUAUAAAAAGCUGUUCAACAAAUCAAAGGAUAAGAUAGCAAAAAUCACGGAAAAGUUAGAAGGUUAUUCAAGACACAUGAAGAGUCUAAAACAUCUUUCUAGAAAGCUACAGAGCCAAGAGGAAGAGCUGAGGUACAUUGACGUAGGAGACGUGAAAGAAAGUGUCGACAUUAUCAAAGCAUGCCUUGAAGAGAGAACUAUUUCUGAGCUCACUUUGAAGAAGAGAAUCAAGGAACAAAGUGCGGCCAUCACGAAAUUGGAGUCUCAGCUUCUUGAAMGCAAUUAUAAASGUGACGCUUUACAAGCAGUUAUCAAGGAUAAAGAACACGUUCAAGAGUCACUCAACAAUGCUGUUCAAACUGUCUAUCAAUUGCAAGAGCAGAAUCAAGUUCUUGAUCUUCAGCUUAAAACUUCAGAUAACAUCAUAAAUGAAGUACGAAUGGAAGCAGAAACCGCUCAAAGACUCCUAAAUGAAAAGAUUCGCGAGCUUGAGGCAUGUUUACAAGAUACAAUGGAAGAGAUACAGAGCUUCGAGACAAUUAAUGCUCAACAGUCUAUAUCGUUAGAAGAAACUGAACGCUGCUUACAGGAAAAAGUAGCCAUUGAGAAAGAAUUAAGRGAUAAACUACAAAAUGUGCUCAUCGAAAAGGAACAAUUCGAAAGAGAAGUCRAUGAUUGUAUCCUCAAUUCAGAGGAGACAAUAAGGAGAUCGGUGCAAGAGARGGACGAUUUGAAAAAACGAUUACUCGAUAAAGAAGACUGCGCAAACGCUUUGCUACGYCGUCUCCAAGAAAACGAGAGUCGCAUCCAAUUACAAUCUGAUAGUCUCAACAAUUCUAAAGUUCUGGAGAAUAGUCUAAAAGAAAAGCUUAAGGCAUCAGAAGACAGGCUUUUGCGAAUGGAAGAAACUCAGGAAACCUAUAGAGAGAGCUUGAGGAGGGAACUACGGACGAUGACCAAGGAAMAUUCCGAGGUGCAMGCGGACUUGAGGGACACGGAAAAGGUUGCCAGAGAGCUUAAAGAAGAACUUCUAUCAGAAAAGCGAAAGCAUCAAUGCCAAGUUAGAGCAAUUCAGGAUGAAAUCUCUGAUCUGAAGAACACAAAUCUUCGACUMGAAACUCAAACCCAUGACCUCACAGAAGCCAGACACAAUGCCCUCGAAGAAGCAAGAAGGCUWAGAAUAGAAAUUGAACGAUUACAGACAAAAAUGUCUCAAAAGAACGACGAUYUCAUUCAAUGUAAAAAUGAACGCCUUGCAAGAGAAGCAGAACUCCAGUUGAGAAUUACACAGCUUAAAGAGCUUCCCAGAAUCAUASAGGGAGACACAAGAAACAAAGAAUUAAAACAAGAACUCGACGAAAUCAAAGAAAAGAUGUCUGAAAUAAAUGACAAAAACACGAAUCUAAAGAGACUGAACAAAAAACUCAAAGAAAAACUCGAAAAAGCAGUUAAAAUUUCGAAAUUGGGCGAAAUCAAGAAAGAACAAAAUCAGGAAAACCCAUUACACUACGAAAACCGUGAAUUGAAAAUACAAAUAUCGGUACUUGAACAUCAAAUGUCAAAAGAAAAAACGGGACACAAAAAUAAAGUGCAGCAUUUGAUAAACGAAUGUAAAUCUGCUCGAAAAGAGAUCGACAAUCUUCGUCAACGCGUCUGCACGAAGACACACGAAGAAGACGAACUUCAAAACGAAAUCAGCUCACUCAAAUUUACCUCAGCUGAGUUAUAUGAAGAAAUUGAGAACCAGAAACGGGAUAAAAAUGAGGUUUUCAAAAUGUACGAAGCUUUGAAGGAACGUGUGAGCGAACUAGAGUGUACGUUAGAARACACACAGAAUAAUAAUACAUGUUUACGGGAGAAAGUCUGUGUGCAGAUAAUGGAGAAAUCUUGUAGCAAGGAUCACACAACUAACUGGGAUGAUAGCGUGAGAAAACGGGAUCUCRCCAUCAUCUGA